AUGUCUGACUCGUAUAUGCAUUUGUUCAGGCCUACCGUGGCAGCGCCCGCGGCGCCGUCCGGGCCCUCGACCGUGGCCGUGAAGAUCCACAACCCUGCCCUUUUCAAAAUUCUCGAAAUCGUCUCCAAACAGGUGCUUCAAGAGAACAAGAACAAGAGAAUCAUCGGCACUUUGCUUGGUGUCAGAUCUGAUGACGGCAGCACCGUCGAGGUCAGAGACGCCUUCAUGGUCCCUUGUCAAGAAACAGGCGAUUCCAUUGCCAUCGAGGAGCACACCCACAAAACGCUCUACCAGUUGUACAAGAAAGCUCACCCUAAGGAGUUUGUUCUCGGCUGGUUCGACCUGGCCUCCACCAUUGACGGCUCCACGGGUCUCAUUCACGACUUCUACUCCAAGGGUGCCGACAGAGCCUACCCAUUCGCUGCCGUGUACUUGAACGUUUCGUACUUGAAGGAGGAGCAGAUCCAGAUGCCUCAGUUGACCACUUACAUCGGUGCUGCCAUCGGCAAGCCCGUCCAGAAAAUCGGCUGGAAGACCACCGCCACCACAAACUCCUACAUCUUCAGCCCUGUGCCCCACAAGGUUGUUGCCCACACUGUUUCGGAGAAGUUGGCCUUGAACAUGCUCCAUCGCUCCAAGGACAACUCUGUCACGUUGCAGGGACACGAGCAGGGCUUGGAUACCUUGCAGGCGGAGAUUGGCGCUGUGACCCACGAUGUGGACCAGUUGUUGCAGUACCUCGACAACAUGUCUGGAUCCGAUGAGGAUGUGGACUUGUUGCGUACCUUGAGCAACACAUUGGUGAACAAGCCCACGAGCUUGUCGGACUUGACGCUGUUGAAGGAGCACUUCCAGGCGCACAACCAGGACAUAGUGAUGAUUGAAUUUUUGACGAGAGCGGUGAAGGAGCAGAUUGAGUUGAUUGCCAGGGCUUCGUCGGAGGCCGAGAAGGCUAUAGCAUAG